AUGGCAACAACCUAUCGUUCACGUGUAGAACCUGUACGUCUCGAUACAUCAUCACGUAUUGUUCCUUCCAAUGAUUAUUAUCAAAUGAAUGAUCAACAAAUCAAAGCUCGACAACAAAUGGCUCAUGUAAAUGUUGUUGUAACACAACCGGGUCGAAAUGUAUGGGAAUUUGAACAUCCAUGGUCAACGACACUUUUUUCAUGUUGUACCAACAUGAAACAAUGUUGCUUUGCUUUCUUUUGUCCAUGUUGCUUUGAAUAUCAAGUGUACAAACGAGCCGGAGAGACUGGAUGUACAUGCCUAUGUCCUGCUGCACGAUUUGCAUUGAGAUCGAAAAUUCGUACCGCUUUUCGUAUUGAGGGUGAUCUAUGCAAUGAUUGUUGUAUUUCAACAUUUUGCCCAUGUUGUACUACUAUUCAAUUGAAUCGUGAAUUAUAUUAUCAAGGCCUUUGA